AUGUCCGAGGAAGCGAUUUUGUUAAUUUCGGUCGCCAAAUCUGUAAUUGGCGACUUAAGUCUCACGGAUCUCCUCAAAAAUGUUUAUGACGCCGAGUGGAUCGAUCCAAAGAGCGGUGUUUCAAAGAAACUAAACAAUUUGGAGUCAGUGGACGGCGAGAGUCCUCCAAUUAAAGGAAAUCUGUCCUCGUUUCAGGCAAUCGAAGAGAAGAUCAUGAGCAGUCGUUUCUUGUUUUCUGUCUCGGAGCGGAAGGCCACCGGUGUUGAGUAUUUCCGCGUGAAGAGCCUAAUGUUCCUCACCGAGUUCUACUGCUUGAAAGCCGUUCAACAGAAACAAGCAGGCACAUUGCAGAAAUGUGAAGACGAUUUAAACACAAAUAUCGCAAAUGGAGUCCCCGUUUGCCAAGCCUAUGACACAUAUAUCUCAGGUUAUUCGGUUGUCUUCACGAAUGGUUGCAACUACAAUACCGGCGUUUUCUACUGUAAUAUCUUGAAGGUGGCAUUGGACUCUGUCUACAACGCUUUCGACACACAGCUCACCCCGUGUCCUGAUUAUCAU